GCUGCGGCUGCGCGGACAAGAUGGGACUAGGUAGUAGUAGCAGCCAGGGACGUGUUUUUUCCUUCCAACGGCCAGUCGGCUCCCGAAGGCCCCCGCGCGCCUCUGACUUCCGCCGGCAUAGCGCGCGCGAGAGAGACUGGGCGGGGCUCAGGCCUUGGCGGAGGCUGCACGUGGGUAGCUCGCGAAGGUUCCAGAGGCAUCUCGCGCUAGAGGAAGGGAGGAGCUAUGAGGAGGGGGCGAGGCUCCGGAGGCUGGUCGAGGCGUGCCCCAUCUGUCCUGGCGCAGGCGGCCUAAAGAGCUCCUUCCGCCGGUCCCGUCCUCGCGCAGGCGGCCUAGAGGAGAUCCCGCGAACGUCUGAUCUGUGCGCAGGUGACGCUGGAAGCCGGGGCUCGUGGCAGUCGGGUCCGCGCUCUGGCGGCGGCGGGAGCGGCGCUCGGACCUCUGUCUUUGCGGUGUGGGUUCCCCGUGAUCGCAGCUCUCGUUACUUCUGGUGGUGGUGGCAAGCCAUGGCGGCAGCCCCGGAGGAGCUACGGAAAGACCUGGAAGAAGUGAAGGAGUUACUGGGAAAGGCCACUAGGAAAAGAAUCCGUGAUAUCCUGACAGCAGAAAAAUCCAAGUUAGAGACAGAAAUCAAGCACAAGACGACAAAGCAGAAGGGACAGGAGAAAGGAGAAACUAUUGAUGAGAAACCAGCAGCUGUGGUUGCCCCCAUUUCAGUUGGGUACACAGUGAAAAUCAACAAUUAUGGAUGGGAUCAGUCUGAUAAAUAUGUGAAAAUCUACAUCACCUUAAAUGGUGUUCAGCAAGUCCCCACUGAAAAUGUACAGGUGCAGUUCAAGGAAAGGUCAUUUGAAGUUCUUGUAAAGAAUCUGAAUGGAAAAAAUUACUCUAUGACUGUCAAUAACCUCUUGAAGCCCAUCUCUGUAGAAGGUAGUUCAAGAAAGAUCAAGACUGAUACAGUUCUUGUAUUAUGCAAAAAGAAGCAGGAACAGAAAUGGGAUUAUUUGACCCAGGUGGAAAAAGAAUGCAAAGAGAAGGAAAAAUCUUCCUUUGAUAAUGACACAGAUCCCAGUGAGGGGCUGAUGAAUGUUUUGAAGAAAAUUUAUGAAGAUGGAGAUGAUGAAAUGAAGAGAACUAUUAAUAAAGCCUGGGUAGAGUCAAGGGAGAAACAAGCCAAAGGAGAGAGCGAAUUUUGAGACAAAAGUCCUUUCAGCCAUCCAUGUGGAAAUAUCCUUUCCAAUAAGGAACUGUUGAUGAGCUGCACAGAUGCAUUUGACAAGUAUAUUGUUUACACAGCCUUCUUCCAAGCAAAGACCACGAACUCUUUCCAUUUCAUGCUGGAGGAUUUAUUUAAAAUAAAAUAUGCUUAUUUUAAAACACUUCUUUCAAGGAAGGUUGCCUUAGUGCCCUGGUUUUUGUGUGCAAAGAAAGGGUCAUUGUUUCCUUACUUCGAUGUCAAAAAAAGUCUUGCUAAUUAUCUCUGGUGUUCAUCUGCACAAUUAAGGGGGGUUGAACCUAUGUUCAAAAUAAUCUUGCUUUUCCUUCAAAGUUGGCAUGGACGUUUAGUCUUGAGUCUUUCAACUUGAAAUUUUAGGAGGAAUGGGUAUAUAACUUGAGAGGUGUGAGCCUGUGUUAAUGGGCUGUGGUAUAUGUUGACCUUGCUCCUUAAGGAACAAGGAGGGGGAAUACUCAGUUACUGUUAUAAUUGGUAUAAAGAGCAUUUGAUUGAAGUUAAAAAGAUUAAUUUAGUAACUAGGCGUUACCACGAGGCAUGUCUACAUUAGAGAAUUACUUGAAAAUAUACUAAAAAUUCAAACAAUUCACAACUGAGUGAGCAAAUAAGCCUAGAGUGGUGAGAACUAAUCUCAGAUUCCUCCUGAAUUUAGCAGUUAAUAACAGUAAUAAAAUAAAGAGAAAA